AUUUGGCGGUUUCCUGCAAAUGAGGGUCUGAGUUCAGUGCGAAGGUUUCAAAACCCUAACCCUCUCUUCCUCUCUCACUCUGUCGCGGAAUGGAGAGAAGAGGGUUAGCUUCAGAGGACAAAGUUUGCCAUACAUGCGGUCAUACUGGGUUUGCUGAUUCCAUCGCAACUUGUUCUCUUUGCAAAGUGUACAAUGAACACACGUAUUGUAUGAGUUCUGUGUGUUUCGAAGUUCCAAAUGGGUGGCGCUGUGAGGAAUGUUUACGGAGUGCUGAAGCUGUUAGUAAAAGACAUUUACCAGCUCACCAAUUUUCGCACAAUAGAACUUGGAGGAAAAUUGAAGCUGGCAAAGUAAAGUUUAUUACCAACGAAGAAGUGGUUACACUGACAUCGUGGAAAAGGUCACAUGGAAGAGGAAAUCCAAGUGCUUCUGGACACCGUAGUGAUUUUGCAUAUGUUAAGCCUCCCUCAAUAUCACGGAAGACAGUUGCUCCUACAUUACUCUGUUCAAACGCUAAUAAAACCCAUUUUACACCCAAGAAAGGGUCUGUUUCUGACGUCAUUGACAUUAAGCCUUCAGAGCACACUAUGGCAUCAAAACCUGUUAGUAAGGAAAAAGGAAAGACUACUGCCCAAGUUUUCAAAAUGGAGCCUGUUGUAGGAAAAGCUAGUACUUUAGCUUGUAACGUUUCUUCUAAACCAAGUGAGGUUAUAUUUGAUACUGUAGAUACUUUGCACGCUGAUGAUGGACAGAUAAGCAUGGUAGAUAAACAUAUAGAAAAUAAAGCACCUCUGAAGCCUCAGGAUGACUGCUUAUUUGUUGAAAAACCUGCAAAUACCUCUAUUGCUAUCAAGGAAGAAAGAGAUUUGCAUGAUAAAAGUGAUGCAAAUGUACUGCCAGUUCACGAUUCAGGCACUGCCGAAAAUUCAUCUAAAAAAAUGUUGCUUCCACUCAAAUUGGUUAUUAGUUCAGAUGAAAAGCUUCAUCAUGCUGUAGAAGCCUGUUGGAGGGGAGCUUUUGAGGUGGUGGACUUGGUUACCCAGUUCCAUGGUCCAGUUAAUGGGCAUUUACCUUGCCAAGUGUCUCCCAAAGCAUAUGAUGCCUCAAAGCAUUUGCCUGGAACAUUACAGUUCAAGAUACAUUCUCGCGAAAGAGUGUGGCCAAAAAUUUUUAAGCUUAGUCCUCCAACAGAGGAUGAUGUGGCCUUGUACUUCAGGUGUGAGGUAGAAAGGCAUAAAGAAAAUUAUGCUCAUUUUAUUCAGCACAUUGAUUCUCAUGAUUAUGCAUUACAAGGUUUCGUAGCAGAUGUAGCAGAUGUUGAGCUACUGAUAUUCACAUCUGCGCAACUACAAAUUGAUUCCCAGAUAUUUGAUGGGGAUAUGUAUCUUUGGGGUGUAUUUCGACAUUUCAAGAAAAAGAAAGCUAUUCAUGGAGAUGAAAAGGCUGAAUCAACUAGCCCUUCGGCGCCUAAGGUGCAUCUUACACAUGGUCACUCUAAGAUUCCCCGGGAUGUUAGUUCUUUGGAAAUCGACAUGAAGGUUGAUAUGCCACAAGGUUCUUCUCUUGAAAGAGAAGUUGACAUGGAAAUUGACAUGUUAGGUGGUUGGCCCAUUGGAAGAAUUGAUGUUCCCAAAAAGAUUGAAGACGUGCCAUCUGGUUUCCCAAAGGCCAUUCAGAGGUCCCCUCAGAACUUCAGCCUAAAGAAGUUUACUAACUCGCAUCUUUUGGGUACUCCACCAGGCUUUCCAGUUCCUGCUUACAAAAGGUCUGUACCAGCACCAAGGGGGACGCCAACCAAGGAUCUUGUAUCAUCCAAUACAACUACAAAUUAUGGUUGAGCCGGCCCAACAACAAAUUAGUUGGCUCCUUUCAUUACCAGGAAAAUUCUUCUGUAUAGGCCUCAACAAUCAUGAGGCUCAAUUCCCAUCAACACUGUGAUUUCCAUCCCUCGCAAACCCGGCGUCGUCAAGAUCAUAGCUAGUGAACAGAAAAAGAAAAAUGUUUCCCCCACCCAAAAAAAAAAGUUCAAGGAUUGGCUUAAGGGGAAGAAGAUGGUUGCUGGAAAAAACUGAAAACGACACUAUAUAACAUAGAAGUAGAAAUGACUAUAAAAUGUAAAUACAAUACUGGCAAAUUACUUGUUUAGAUCUAUAGAAUUAGUCUUUAGUUGAAUCCUUUGUUUGGAUAGAUUUUCAGCUUCCAAAUUCUGAGAACAACUUGGUGGUGUUUUGUCUGCAAUUUUCUUAGGCAAAUCCACCUUCUUCCCCUUUGAUGAAGCUAAUUCUGAAGUCUGCAAUGUUCUUCAAACUAGUCAACAGCAUUUAUUCAGUAGUUUUGCAUAAUUUGGCCUCUGUUUUUUUAUUCAAGAUGGUUUGUUCUACACCGAUAUUUGCUUGUUAAUUAGCACUCUUUGAUGUGGUUCUUUGUUCUUGAAA